AGUGGAGCUUCAGCUAUGGGACAGACUGACCAAUGAAUACUGCAUAGCUGAAAAGAAAAACUCCUGGAAGAAAGAAUGCAGCUUCACCAAGAGCACAUCUCUUCUACAAUGGAGAUCAGUGAUGAAGAUUCAUUUGUUGAACUUUACUGUGAGGCAGUGGAGGACAUUCCAUCAACACCGUGUCAAGCAACAUCUGACAGCAAGGGUGAUUGUCAGACAGAUCCAAGUGUGCCCUGCCCUCCAUUUAAGACAACAGUUUAUCGUGUCAGCAGUGAGCAAGUGUCUCUGCAUUUGGACACUCCUGCUGGUGAAGUGAAGAGCUACAUUGUGACCAGCUGCAGGGAAGGAGAAACUGUGCAAGAGAAUACAGAAGACUCAAUGCCCAGCAACCCGAGGCCAAACCUUCCUAAGCCUGGAGCAUCUACACACACAAGGACACAACUGGAGGGCUUACUGGAGGAUCUGGGAUUGGAGCGGCACUACACAGAGAAGCUAUCCCUGAGCACAAUACUUCAGAUUGAUGAGAAGACCAUCACUGAUGAACCUGCCAAGUGUAACUCAGAUCUUCCAUGGUAUUUUCUGAAGAAACUAAUGAUGGUUAAUGUGGUAGCUAGGAAUGUGAAAUGUACAUCUGUAUGUGAGUCAAACUGUGAUGCUGCAUCAGAAAAGACAGAGUUAAAUUUUGAUGAUCUUUUUAAUGGUCCACAUUCAGGUGACAUGCUGAACCCUCUCGACAUAAUCACUGCUCUCUUUCUGUGUUCUGAUGGUUUUGUACAGCAGGAAAUGGCACUCAAAAUGUCUAUGUGUCAGUUUGCUGUGCCUCUGCUGCUUCCCAAUUGUGACUCAAAGCAGUGCACACUCAUGCUUUGGGCUUUGAGAGAUGUUGUUAAAAAGUACAGACCUCAGUCACUUUCAGAAUCCAAGGGCUUUAUUGAAAACAGAAUUGUUGUCUCUGAACUUCCAAUGAUAUCUUUUGUGAGAUUGGGUGAGUGCUCCUUGUCCAAGUCAGAGAUCCUCAACAUGCUUCUGAACAAUACUCAGCAGUACCAUAAUACCUUUGUUCACUGUAACUUGGAGUGUGGUGACAGCCCAAGAAGAAUAUCCAAUGGAUUGGCUGAAAUUACCUGGUACCUUCCUUGUGGGAACAAAAACAUGGAUGUUUUCAGUGAACCAGUAGCUGUAGCAAACCUUCGUGGGGACAUUGCUUCAUUUGAAACACAAUUUUCAUUUUUGUGUCAGACAUCUGAAGCAGUUUUUGUGUUCUUUGACAAUUUGGACUCUGAGUGCAAGCUGCUUAUCAAUCAAAACCACAAAGCACAGAUCUUCCUGGUGGGUAACUAUCAAAGCCAGAGGUUCAGUGUAGAUGCUCUAAAAAAAGUAGCAACUGAGCUGCACUUAACUAACAGCAACAUACUUUUGAAGGCUAACCACAUGAAUGAUGCAGACUUUGUCAAAAAAUUGCAGAACACAAUCAGGGAUGUAGUUGAGAACUCAAAGAUGAAGAUGGGAAUUGAGAAGAUGGCUGACAUUGCCCAUGAACUGGGAAUCAGGGUUGAUGAAGACUGUUCAGAGUGCCAGACUGCCAAGAAAAAUGCAGAUGCCAUCACUACAGAAAUUCAAGACAUUUUUUCAUACAAAGAAGCUCAGCUGCCGUUGCAAGGACAGAUUUGGAAGGACCUGACUUGCUUGGAGAAGGAGGAAUUUCGGCUUCGGAAUGUUGGGUCUAAAGACAUAGAAAAGUACAAAAGUGAUCUUCAGUUACAGAAAACAAAACUUCGCAAAAAGCAGAACUCUUAUGACAUGUCAAAUGCAAUGUCAUGUUUCAUCAAGGCAAUAUCAAGCCCAGGGAUUGAGAGGUGUUAUUUCCUGAAAUGGAUGCGAAUGAACCUCGAUAACCUGUCUCGAGAAAAACUGUCUGGCCUCAGGGAGCAGUACAAAAAGAAAUACAAAGAAAACAAAGAGGAGAUCAAAGACAUUGACAGACAACUUUCCAACAGCUCACUAGGGACUGAACACUUCUUCCGUGAAAUGGGUCAGAUCUAUGAAGCAUCACUUUCCCUUCCAGAAACAGACCCAUCACGACAACAAUUACAGCAUCUGCCAAGACUGUGUGCACAAUUGUUGCUUGAUGGAUUUCCCAUUGAGCUUGUAGAUGGAGAUGCAUCCAACAUACCUCUCAGAUGGGUGAGCGACGUUCUCUCUCAGCUCAAUGACUUGGUGUGUCCUAAGAACAAGAUACUGGUAGUCACAGUUCUUGGAGUCCAGAGCACAGGAAAGUCUACUCUCCUCAACACCAUGUUUGGAGUGCAGUUUGCAGUCAGCAGUGGUCGAUGCACUCGAGGUGCUUUUAUGUUGCUCAUCAGAAUCAAUGAAGAUCUUAAAAAAGCUCUCAACUGUGACUUCAUGGUGAUCAUUGACACUGAGGGAUUAAAGUCACAAGAGCUUGCACAACUGGCCAAUAGCCAUGAACAUGACAAUGAGCUUGCAACACUUGUUGUGGGGUUGAGUGACAUCACCAUUAUCAAUAUUGCAAUGGAGAAUUCAACAGAAAUGAAGGACAUCCUACAAAUAGUCGUGCAUGCUUUUCUCAGGAUGAAAGAAGUGGGCAAAAAGCCCAAAUGUCAGUUUGUUCACCAGAAUGUGUCAGAUGUUUCAGCCCAUGAGAAGAACUUAAGAGACAGGAAACUGCUCUUGGAACAGUUAAACGAGAUGACCCAGGCAGCAGCCAAGAUGGAAAAGAAAGAGGAGAACAAGAGUUUCACUGAUGUGAUGGAGUACAGUCCAGACACUGGGAACUGGUACAUCCCUGGACUCUGGAAUGGAAACCCACCAAUGGCACCAGUCAAUGCAGGGUACAGUGAGGCUGUUUAUGAGCUCAAGAAAACCAUCAUCCAAACUUUGGUUAGUUGUGAGUCAUCUGCAAAUAAAAUAUUGGAUUUUACAGAGUGGAUGAAAAGCCUGUGGAAUGCAAUAAAGCACGAAAACUUCAUAUUCAGUUUCAGAAACAGCCUAGUGGCUGAUGCAUACAUGAGACUGUGCACAGAAUUCAACAAAUGGGAAUGGGAAUUCAAAAAAGAAAUGUAUACAUGGAUGACAAAUGCUGAAACAAAAAUAUCUAACUUUGGUACAGUUGCUUUGGAAUCGGAGAUAUCUGACAUGGAAAAAUAUCUCCUUCUUUUGAAAAGUGAAGCUUGCACAGUGCUUUCUAAAUGGGAGACAAAGAUUCUUGAAAAUCUGGAACAGUACUUCAAGCAAACAGAGGGUCAUGUCUAUCUAGUUGAAGGAUACAGAGAGGACUUUGCAAACAGUGCAAAGACUUUUCGACGAGAAAUGAAGAACUCUGUGUUUUAUCAGCUUGAAGUAGCAGCUGACAUCAGACGAGGAAUGGCAGGAAUUGACAGAAUCAAGGAGAAGCACACAAAAGAAUUAGAAGGGAGAGUGUGUACAUUGAUUGAGGAAUGUCGGGGGAAAAAAGUUGAGAUGACAGACAACGAGCUGGAUGAAGAAUUUGAUAAGAUGUGGAAUAGAACAGUGAAUGAACUAUCCUUUCCUGAACUAAAGGCCACAAAUAUCAUCACAAGUGUGUCCCACUGCCUGAGAGACAAUCUAUCACAUAAGGGGAGUUAUGUAUGUGAAUUAUUAAGUCAAAAAAGCCUAGAGCAUUGUGGACUGGUACCUUUCAAAUAUACAGCUGAGGGAUUCUCCAACAAAUGUAAAAAAACAUUUGACAAGUUCUUGAAAGUAUUCAACAUUGAAGAACAUGUCAGAGCUUUAGAAAAAAUAGCUGACAGCAUCAUAGAUGCUUGCACACAGGUUGUGACUGACAAAAUGAAAAGGACAAACAAUUACCAUGACACUUACAUCCAGGAGAUCCUACACAUGAUUGACGAGAGGCUGAAAAACAAUCAGGAUGUAAAGAGUAUAGAGAUUGAGUUUGAAGUUUCUCUGAAACAGCACAUCUGUGGAGAUGCAGUCAGACAGUUUCAGAAAAUGCAGAAAGAUUUCCUACAUGAGAAUGAUCCCUACAGAUGUCUCAGUCAAAACAAAGAAAAGUUUCGUGCUGAUUUCAAAGAUUUGUUCAAUGAACAAGACCAGUGCCAGAAGAAGGCAGAAGAAUUCACAGAGUGCUGUUUUAGGCCUGCAGUUGAAGACUUUGUCAACCGUUCCUUGGGUCCUGAUAUCACUGGUGAAAUGCAGACAAGCUUCGAGUUCAGCACACGAAUGUUCUUCCAGUAUUCCAUUUUACUGGAUCUGCUCUCAAAGAAAAACUAUGUCAAGUAUCUGAAAUACAUUCGCUCAUAUGAGAAAUAUGUAAAGGAAUGGAUACUUGACCGCAUUGUGGAACACCUUUCAAAUGGAUCUAAGAUGUUUGAGUUUGAGGAUAAACAUCUCCAGUCAAGUAUCAGGAGCAUAAAUAAUGCUAUCAACAAAGCUAAAACAGAGAAGAGUGGCAACUUGAAGACAUUUGUUAAAAAUGUCUGUCAGGAACUUGGUGAUAAACUGGUCAUUUCCCAGGAUGCUCUUGGUGCUUUCAUGAUCCUGAAUAAUGCUGACCAGGAACAGUUUGCUCACUGGCUCACUGAGUGUGUGAAGGACAUGGAACACACUCUUAGAGAGAAGUUUAAAGAAACAAACAUCCAAAUGAUACUACAAGCUCUUCAUGUGAAACCUCAGAACGAGCUUUUCACCAAACUGAUUGGAUGUGGUAAACAGUGUCCGUUCUGCAAAGCUCCUUGUGAGGCAGGAGGAAACGAACAUAAAGAGCACUGCGCUUCAGUACAUCGGCCACAGGGUCUGGGUAGAUUUAGGUGGGAUGGGUCAGACAAACUUGUCAUUGACAUAUGCACUUCAUCCGUGAUCAGUGAUGGGCGUUUUCGCUGCUAUGCCACACAUGGUGAUUGGUACCCUUACAAGAGUUACACAGAUAUUUUCCCAGACUGGAGAAUUGCUCCAGAUGGAAGUCUUGAGGCAUCAGACUACUGGAAAUAUGUACUGGCAAAGUUCAACAAUGAGUUUGCUAAAGCAUAUAAUGCAAGACCUGCUGAUAUUCCUAAAACUUGGAAAACAAUCACAGACAAACAGGCAGAAGCGAGUCUCAAAGAGUCAUUUAACAUCAAGUGAGAAUACUAACCUUCCCCUCACUUUGAGUGUACAGAGGUACCCAUCCUCCUUUCAUGGAUAUUUUCAUCUUGUUUGAUAUAACAAAGAAGAGAAUCACAUGUAGUAACAUACUGUAUAUAAGAUGACAUGUUUGACGAUAUUGUCACUACAGUUCAACAUUUUACCAUCUAAGGUUUACAAUAGGGAUGGCAGAAACAAAAUCACUGCAAAUACUGCUCACCUUGAUUGAAGAUUGUGAUAAACAUGUGUAAUCAAAAUAAUCUGCUUUCACUGUAUAUUAAUGUUGACCUUAUCAAGAUUUUAAAAUACUCUUUGAUACUCUGACUCAAUGUGCAAGGUAGAGACAUACAAAAUGGUUCCAGUUUGAUGGGUUUAAAUUCCUGAUCUUUGUGUGACAGAUGAAAGCCAUUGUAUAGCUACUCCUAUGAAAUAUUUACAUUCUCUGUGCUUAUUUUAAAGCUAAUUCUUCGUGUGGUAUUGUCAUAAUAGGACAAUGUUUAUUUGAUUACGCAUGAUGUGCAUUUUCUUUUUACCUUACUUUUACCUUUGUUUUUUACACGUCACUCAGCGUGUGGUGUUGUCGUAAUAGGACAGAAAGUCAAAAAAUGAUCAUGUGAUUAUUUACUCAGAAUGUAGAAUGUUUUUGUUUAUGAAUUAUCUGAUGCAGAAUAUUUCUUAAGUACUAAAUGAUCAUUCAGUCCAAAUGUUAGCAUGUAGGCUACAUGAGUUUUAUUCUAAUCUGAGUACAGUCCCUGACAAAAGUCUUGUCACUUAUCCAUUUUGUAGAAACAACAGCUUAUAACCUGAUUUUUAAUUAAUCCAUUGGUUUUAGAAAUGGCUCAUAUGAAAGCUAAAACCCUCCCAAAUUAUGUUUAAUAUACUAAAAUAAAUUUGCUUCACUGAAGAAAGAUUGAUCAUUUAAUGAACACAGAAAGGUCAGAUUUUGGCAAGACAAAAGUUUUGUCGCCUACAGAGAGUAAUGUGAAAAUUGAACAAAUAAUUUACUUCAAAUACAAAAAUAUGUUGCAUAACAUCAGUGAAUUAAGUAGUGGUGCUGUGAGAUCCAUAUUUAAUAUCUUGUAUUACUUCCAUGAGCUUGAAGGACUGCAUCCAUGCGGUUCGACAAUGAUUCAUACAAUUUAUUGAUGAAGUCAUCAGGAAUAGCAAAGAAAGCAGUCUCACAUGCCUCCCAGAGUUCAUCAAGAUUCUUUGGUUUCGUCUUCCAUGCUUCCUCUUUCAUUCUACCCCAGACAUGCUCAAUGAUGUUCAUGUCUGGUGACUGGGCUGGCCAGUCCUGGAGCACCUUGAUCUUCUUUGCCUUGAGGAACUUUGAUGUAGAGAUGGAAGUAUGCGAUGGAGCACCAUCCUGCUGCAAAAUUUGACCCCUUUUAUGGUUGGGAAUGUAAGAGGUAGCUAAUACUUCUUGAUAUUUUAGGCUAUUGAUAUUGCCUUCCACCCUGCAAAUCUCUCGCACACCCCCAUACUGGAUGUAACCCCAGACCAUGAUUUUUCCGCCACCAAACUUAACUGUUUUCUGGGUGAAUCUCGGAUCCAUGUGGGCUCCAGUAGGUCUCCUGCAAUAUUUGCGGCGGCUGUGAUGUAAUUCAACGGAAGAUUCAUCUGAGAAAUCCACCUUCUGCCACUUUUCCAGCAUCCAUCUUUUUAGCAGGCUGUGGGCCUUGGCAAAUGCCACAGGUUUUUUUAAUUGCCUUUUGUUUAGUGCUGGUUUCUGGGCACUGAUUCGACCAUGGAGGCCAUUUCGAGACAGACUUCUACAAACUGUUCUGGUUGAUACGGGGACUUGAGGUGACCAGGCCUGGUGGAGCUCUGCUGCAGUGGAAAAGGGACUGGCCUUAGAUUUUCGAGCCAACAAACGGGCCUCCCGAGCAGUUGUCUUGCGCUUGUCAAAAACAUCUCCAGUCUCUUCAAAUCUUUUUCUUAUUCUUUGUACUUGACGCUAAGACACAUUGAAGGUGUCAGCCACCUCAGCAGUGGAUCUGGUCUUCAGCCUCUUGCUAAUCAACACUUUGGUCUCAGGGUGAAUCUUAGGCAUGUUGUCAGAGGUCAAGUUGCAGUUGAUGUGAAGGUCUGGUGUGCUGGGGUUCUUUUUAUACACACCCACUAAUUGAUUGAUCAAUUAUUGAUCACAGGUGAGGCUGUAAUCUAGGAUUGGGUGCAUCAUAUGACAAGGCGACAAGACUUUUGUCUUUGCAAAAACUGACUCAGUGGGCUUUACCAAGGUGUGAACGUUAGAAUGCUUUUCAGCAGUUUUGUUUGGCACCAAAACAUUAUUUCAAAAGCUGUUGGGGUUGAAAUUAGCCAUUUCUUGUAAAAAAAAAAUUGAUUAGACAUAUAUUUGAGGGGCACUUAAGGUCAACUUGUACCCAAGCGACAAGACUUUUGUCAGGGACUGUAUAUGUGAUUGCCUUAACUUGGAAUUUAUAAUCUCUUUAAUUAAUAAUUAAAGAUUUACAUAACAAUCAAAACACAAUUCAUUGUAUAUGUGGUAUUGUCUGCAUUCAUGCAUUACUUACUCCUGUAAACUGACUCAAUAAAGAGACAAAAUGGGCA